AUGGGACAAGCCACAUCGCACUAUGAAGCCAGCAUCACAACAGAUGAUAGUCCAGUUGAUUGCUCAAUUGAUUCGCCUCAAAAGAGCCAAAAUACACACACGACCAGCCUUUCAAUUUAUGAUGAGGAUUUAUCAUCGUCAAAGCCUUGUUUUGAGGAAGGAAACCCGAUUUAUACUCCAUCUAAACAUAAUCUUCCGUUGAGCGCUUCUUCUUACAACAUAUCCUCAUUUUCGUCUUUCAGAGAAGACAAGUUAGACAUCUUUCAAACACCUCGAAAGCUAUUCUCACGAGCCUAUACAUUGUCACCUACUUUUUCACCGCCAUCUACACCUCCAGCCACGAUGUCUUCUCCUGAUGUAACUCCUGCGAAGUCAGCGCAGGUCAAAAAUAACCGCCGGCCCAAUCUACGACUACCUACCAAUAAAAGUUUGUUCAAAACUUUUAUUGACCACGGAUGUGAAGUCGACGAGCAAGACUAUCCAAUAUUCCCCAACGGCUGCACUGUAUAUGUCAAUGACCCUGAAUACCCAGCCAAAAACUUCCGCUUUGUUGGUUGGACUCACACCAUGCGAACCGAAACUACAAAGAAAUCAGACUGGAUAGUUCGAAGAUAUUAUUGUUUGGGAGUUAUCAAAUGCUCCGAGGAAGGAUGUGCUUUGGCUGCCUCCCCACCCACAGGCCCAAAUAAGAUUGCAGAAUCACUUACCGCUUGUCCUAUAUCAACUUGCGAUGGCCUUCAAACACAUAUCAAGUGUGAUGCCGUUUGUCGGUUUGAUGCGGAGCUAGAUAAAAAUGGUGAGGAAGGGUGGGGUUUGCUUCGACAUCAAGGUACUCAUCAACAUGAGUGGGCUGAGUCGAAGAAAGCGGAUCCGAUCUCGAAGGAAAAACUUAAGGAAAAGGUGCUCAAUGACCCUAAAACCGGACCUUUAGGCAUGAAGGUUGGACAGGCGCACACAAGAAAGGACCCCAUUGAAUCAGUGACAGAUAUUCACACGUCUUUUGGCCAUGCCGACCGCCUAGGAUACUUGCGACGGGUCUUCCUAAGACAGGCGGGCAUUAUGACCAACUCUCGAGACCCCGAAUCCGGUGACAAGUGGCUUCAGUCCAUGAUGGACUGGUCCAAGAAAGGCCUGCGUGUGGUUUCUUCGUCUAUUGCCGGGGAAGAAGCUCACAUCUCAUUCCAAACUGGUUGGAUGGCGGAUGUGUUGGUUGAACCUGACAAGAGAUCAACUACUUACACUGGUGGCUUACUCUCGGACGUAACUUACCGGUUUUUCAAAAUGGGAUACUUAUUAACUACUUCGAAGUACUGCGAAACAAUCAAACGCUGGGUACCAGUCCUUUUCUCGUGGCUCGGUGGUCUCCAGGCAGAACAUUACAAAAUUCAUUUCAAGAACUUGCUACAACAGAUUCAAAAAACGAAAAUGACCGACAAGGAGAAGGGAAUGAUGGUAGAACAAGUUGUGGAUUUCUCACUAGCUCAGAAAGUCGGUUUCCAAGAUGCUUACAUGGAGGUAUUCAAAUGUAAUGAUAAGAAUGUGGCGUUGGCGAAAUUGCAUGGCUGCGAAUGGCAUUACCUCCAAGCUGUUGCGCGUCUGAAGAAGAAUAGUAAGAUUGUGAAACCACAACAAAAGGGCACUUGGGAGAAGAAAUGCAAAGCAUUACUCCUCCCAGACGGACCCGGUGUCGACGACCUUGAUACCCGUUUUGAGGAGUUAUGGCGGAUUUUCCCAUUAGCCAAGAGGUGGCUAGAGUGGUGGAGUUGCUCCGACAUUCAAGCUAUGCUAUUUCCCGCAAGAAAGCGGAUGCCACUCGACGAUCCUCCCUUACCAGAGGAAGAUAGUGAUGCUGACGAAGACGACGAUGACAAAGAAACCAUUCGAAGACGCCCGGAGUUGCCUGCGACUACCAAUGGACAGGAAUCUAUGCAUCGUGUCUAUUAUCUCUUGUGCAAAGGCAAAUGUCCAGUCAUACCUGGCAUUAUCCAACUUAUAGCCUUCGCCCAGUGUAUGGAAAAGGAUUACCAGCAGGUAAAAAAGGGUAUUUCCAUUACCUACGGUGGACAAUCCGAGAAAACCUGGCAAGAUCUUGUGAAGGCAAUAGGAAUGGCUCCCCCAACCAAACGAAAGUUUACCCGCAACAAUGGCCGCGCUCCUGACACCACUGAAGAGCUUCUGGGAACACGAAAAAGCACCAAACCACCCAAACUCGGUCGACCUGUUGGAUCCCAGAAUAUCAACCGCAAUCCACUCACGACUUACCAGUCUUAUUCUUCUGGAACUACUGAGGGUACCCGAAACUGGUGUUGGCAAACGGCUACUCUGGAAACUCUUUACGCCUUGUUCAGCCCAACUUGGAGUCAAUUCUUGACGGUAAACAGCACAAACUUGGUCAACGAACUCAUCCGGCAUUUCACCGCACGAUGUAAAGUGGAAAUCAAUGUUUGCAUCCGCCGACGGAUUUAUGGAGUAUUUACUUGCCAAUGUGGAAGACAACCAUUCAUCACUUCGACCUCUGUUCGAACACACCAGGAUCAAAUCCAUAACAUGUCUUCGAAAUUCCAAACAUUCCAGUGUCAGUACUCGACGUGGCGCUGUACUAAGUUUGACGCCAAAGACUUUUAA